AACUUCCAGACAGAGUUUCUGAUAAGCAGUUUGAUUAGUUGCUGGUUGGCAAAAGGUAGAAUAUUUCUAUUAAACAUAUUCAAUAUUAAAUAUACAUAUCACAAACAAAUCCAUUGUUUAUAACCGAGUAUGGUAUUUAAAUAUAUUGCUUUGUGAAGACUAUCGGAGAUGAUCCGGAUGACUGUACUCGGGAUUCUCUGCUGGGUUCAUGCAGCUGCUGCAGGAACUCAUUCACUGCAGUUUUUUGGAAUGGCGACCUCCGAAGGGACUGGGCUUCCACAGUCUGUGUAUGUGGGGAUGGUGGAUGAUGUGCAAUACACGUACUAUAACAGCACCAUGAAAGAACCUGUCCUCCUAAAAGACUGGAUGAAUAAGACUAAGGGUCGUGAGUUCUGGGAAAAACGUAGCUGGUAUAUUCUCCAAAAUGAACAAACCUUAAAAUGGAGUUUGAUAAAUACAGUCCAGCACUUCAAUCAUACUGGAGUUCACACUUAUCAGUACACGGGUUACUGUGAGCUGCAUGAUGACGGGACCAAGCGGGCAUAUUUGAAUCAUGCGUAUGAUGGGAAGGAUUUUAUUAGUUUUGAUGUGGAGACCCUGACCUGGAUCGCUGCUGUGCCACAGGCUGUCUUCUAUAAACACAAGCGGGAAGCUGACAUAGUGCGGCAACAGAUCACUUUCAACUAUUAUCAACAGGAGUGUUUCCAGUUGCUGGAGUGGUGCCUCCAGUAUGGGAUGGAGACCCUGCAGAGGAAAGUCCGCCCUGCAGUGACUCUGAUACAGAGGAAAGCGCGGGAAUCUGCAGGAACGGAUGUCAUUUGCCACGUGACGGGGUUCUACCCCCGAGAGGUUGAGGUAAACUGGAUCAGAGACGGUGAGGCUCUGCUGGAGGAGGGGGUGUGGAGUGGAGAGGUGCUACCCAACGGGGACACAACCUACCAGCUGAGAAAGACCCUGACAGUGAGUCCUGAGGACCAGAAGAAACACAGCUACUCCUGCCAGGUGGACCACGCCAGUCUGGAUGAGAAGAUGGAUGUGAAAUGGGUUCCAGAGGCUGCUCUCAACAUGGGGUUUGUUGCUGCUGGUGUGCUGGCUGCUCUGGGUCUGAUCAUCGCAGUGAUCAUAGGAGCUCUCAUCUGGAAGAAAAGAGCAUCAGGUGCCAGGAGCCCUGACUACACACCAGCGCAGACAAAGGAACAAAGUGAUGCUUCAUCCAACUCAUCCAACUCCACCAAUGACAGGUGUGACUCCAUUGCAGAGAAGCUGAUGACAGACAGAAUAAACGACUCAUCUUUUACACUUCAUUGUACCUUAAUAUUUCCUAUACUUUGUCUUUAGGCCAUUUUGCAAAGAGAAAAAUAUAUUUUCUGCAAACAACUUGUCUAAUUCUGCAGCAAUGACUUUUUAAUGAAAUAUGAAUAAAUAAGCAAAAGUAAGCUUGAGUUAAUUCAGCAGUAACCCACGACAGGGAGUGUGUAAGUCACAGGCCUGUCUUCCACAUGCAUGGGCGUGUUGUGAGCAGUGCAGUAAGAUAUGUCUUACCACACUCCCUGGAGUGGGUUACUGCACUUAUAAAAUGUCUCUAUGUUUAUAAAAAGAAUACAAAAAAACAAUAACAUUUCAAACUGAAGUGUGAUGUAAUGUAUCCAUCAGCCAGUGCAGAACAGUUCCUAUACUUUGUCUUUAGAAGCUACAGAUUUGCUGGAAAAACUUAUAACUGCUGAGAGCGUUUUUCUUCUUUUUUAAAAUGUUUUUUUUAGAUAUUCAAGGUUAUUUUUUUUAAGUGCAGUUUGAAAAACUUUUUAUACACUUUGGUAAGUAAAGUAGACGUUUGAAGUCACUGUUUCCCUGGUACAAUAAUCACGCUGUGCAGCUUCAUUGUUUAUUCCUCCAGACGCGCUGCCUGCGUCUCUUCUCAACACUAGUUUAACUGCUUUCGAUCCUGCAUUCAGAAUUUAGUACUUUAGCUCAGGGCUUUACAGGAGCUAUCGCCAAGGCCAAAGAGAUCGAGAUUUUGUUAUUUUAAUGGAAAUUCAUUGAUCUUCAGAGGUGAUUCGCCCCUAGUCGUGCAUAAGACAAUUCUUACUGCACGGUCACGUGAUCUUGUUCAGCUAAUCACAGCGUUUGAUUUAUCCAAGCCAUUUUAUAAUGUUACUUUUACUUCAGUGGAAUGAUUUCCUGCACUCUGAUUCGCUGAGCUGGAGGGAUAUACUCUCUGGUAUAUGCCUGUAGCAGGGCGGUACAGAGCCCUGUACAUUUAUUUGUUGUUUAUUUGUAGAACGGGGGUCUCCCCCUCCGCCCCUGUGCAGUUUAUUAUUUUGUAUUUGUGGUUUUUAUUAUUAUUAUGAUUAUUGUUGUAUUAUUAUUAUUGUUAUAGUUUAUUGUUUUGUAAAUAUGACGACGAGAGCCGUGUUGUUUUGUUAAAUGUAUUGACGGAGAAGCCGAGUUUUGUUUUAUUUUUGUAUUGUUUAAUAGCGUGGAUGGGAAGCCCCAUCCACAGUAAUUAAAAACCUCGUGCAGAAGGAGGCCAUCUCCCGAAUUAAUUAAGUGAUUUAAUUUGUUGCUAAAUCGGGAGAUGGUCACCUGCAUAUAAACCUGCAGGAACAAGAGCAAGAGGAGAGAGUGAGCAAAUUUAAAAACAAAGCUGAAGCUUCAAGGAACCGUGAAGGCUACUGCCCAGCCGGACCUUUAGGAUUAUUUUGUGUUUCGAGGCUUGUUUUAUUUUACACCUUUUCUUUUGUGCUCUGUGAGCAAGUCGUUUUGUUGUUUAAAUAAACGGCGCCACAGCGUCUUUUUGAACUGCA